AUGAGUCACUCGGUAAUGCACUCAGCGUAUGCGGUAGUGUCGCAGCCACAAAACCAAGAUCUGUUCCUGGCUGAUAUCACAGGCAUUGCGGGCAUGAGCAGGGCAACAUGUCGCCGGCUGAACGUCGAUCGCGAGAACUUCGGCAACCUAUUCGGUCAAUUCUCGCCCGUAUCCUACCGCAUAGAAGCCAUGAGUCGUCUGCUAUCAGUAGCUGCAGGCGACGACGGCUUCCAGUACGUCGAUUCGCAAGUGCAAGGUCCAUCUGUACGGACACGCCGAUGA